AUGUCCAUCAUUCCGCUCAAUGCCUUGCGGGUUUCGAAACAUCAAAUACCCGCCUACAAAGGCAUUCCUAAUACCUCCAUACAAGGCAAACCCCUCAUGAUAUACCACGGCGUCUUCACAGAUCCCAAUCCCUCAACCAUCGAAGCUCACCUUAAAUCCGUCGGGGUCGUCUCUCCACAAUGGAGAUACACCAUGUUUAGCGAAACGCACUUCCACUCGAACACCCAUGAAAUUCUCAGCAUUGCUUCAGGGUCUGCGAAGUGCUGCUUUGGAGGUGAGAAGAACGAAGGCAGAGUGGAGCCCGUUCUGGAGCAAGGGGAUGUUGUAGUCGUCCCUGCUGGAGUCGGUCACCGAUUGCUGGAGGAUUAUGGCGGCUUCCAAAUGGUCGGCUCUUAUGAGAAGGGCAAGACAUGGGAUAUGUGCUACGGGAGGCCUGGGGAGGAGGAGCAGGUCAAGCAGAUUGACAACUUGGGAUGGUUCAAGCGCGACCCGGUCUAUGGCGACGAAGGCCCAAGUCUCAAAGUAUGA